CAGCUUACUGUUACCAACUCCUCAGAGAGUCACUGGAGUGUCGGAGCGGUCUGUGUGGGAUUCAAAAUAUGUGUCCGGAUCGUGGGUCUGGUCUGAAUCAGACUGUAGGUCGGAAUACGUUUGUGUUUGGUCACGUGUAUCAGUUCAGAACAAGCGUUGCGCAGCUGCACCGAUGAGGCAGUACCUGGAUGGGAUAAUGUCGCCUACGGUCGUAGCCUGUACUAGUCUAUGCCUACUAUUGUACAUAGAGAUCAUUACGUUUGCAUUAUGCAUCUGCGCAGCAUUUACUGUAAAAUUAUGCCGGUGAGUAGGCUACAGGGUAAACAAAUCAAUGGACUAGCAGUCAGAACAAAGGUAACUAUUGCCACAGUACGUGUGAUAAACCUGGUCUUUCAUUAAUGUCACAGCUUCCACGGAACAGAGGAAAUUAAUGGAACUGAUUUAUUUUGUAAACUUAAUUCACGGCUAGCUAGCCGGUUUGCAGCGUUACCAAAGCGACAAAAAUGACAAAAAAACGUGCAGAUGUGCUCUUCUUCCUUCUACCUCUUGAAAUAAUAUAAAUGUGAAUUUAAAUUCUAGCUGGGAGGUUAUCGUAACAUUUAAAAUGAAAAGAAUUUCGCCAAUGAACUGUGUUUCUGAACGCGUUCGAAAGUCUACGGUAUCAACGACUGAACAGUUCGGUACGGUCGUCUGUCAAGCCGGCGGAUCGAAUUCUUCUGGUGACCCACCAGUUGGAGCGUGGGGCACCGAAGCAAAACCGGGGGGCGCUGGCAGUAUCAGGCUGUGUCGGGGACACCAAGAAGUCGGCUUUUCAAAGGAUGGAUUCGCUGAGCACAAGAAUGGACAGCUCUACUCUGACAUCGACACUCAGGGCCCCCAGAAGCAGGUGUUCGACAACCUCGGCUAUGACCCAGGCAGCCAGAGCGAGCUGCACGUGCAGGAAAUGGGCCAGCAGACCCAGGUGUGUGGAUUGGGCAAGGCAGGUGCCACACCCAGGGAGGCCCAGGUGAACAUCCAGGUGGAGGGUAUGACCUGCCAGUCGUGCGUGAGCACCAUUGAGGGUUAUGUGGGCCAGCUUGCGGGUGUGGUGGGUGUCCAGGUGUCACUGGAUGACCGCAAGGCCACCAUUUCCUACACCCCCCACACGAUCCAGCCCGAGCAGUUCAGAGCCGCCAUCGAGGACAUGGGUUUUGACGCCACUCUGAUGCCCACGGCCCCGCCCCUCACAACCGCAGCCACGCCCUCACCCGCUUGCCUGGCUCCUGUGGAAGGAGGGCGCUCCUUGCAGGAACAGGGUGUUGUGGGGUCAGAGGUUGCAGGGGGGUGGUACGGGGUCACUCUGGCGGUGGAGGGGAUGCACUGCCAAUCCUGCGUGAGGAGCAUCACGACAACGCUGAGUGGAAUGGCGGGAGUGCGUCACGUCUCCGUCUCCCUGGAGACGCGGAGCGCCCACCUGCAGUACCUCCCUUCCCUGGUCACCUCGGAAACGCUGAAGCAGGCGGUGGAGAGCCUGCCCCCGGGGGGUUUUAGGGUGGCACUACCCGCUGGGACCCCGGCUGGCUCUGCACUCAUUGCUAAGGAUGAUGGGAAGGCGGAGGCGGCCGCACGGACUGUCCUCGUGGCAAUCGUGGGAAUGACCUGCCACUCCUGUGUGCAGUCCAUCGAGGGAGCGAUCUCCCAGAGGCCCGGCGUGCUCUCUGUGCAGGUCUCUCUCUCAGAGGGGCGGGGCACAGUCUGCUAUGACCCCGCCCUCACCCGCCCCGAGGAGCUGCGGGCCGCCAUUGAGGAGAUGGGCUUUGACGCUUCGCUGCCAGGGGCUACUUCUGCAGGGGUGGGCCCAAAUCCCCCAGGGCUUACUGAGGACAGCAUUGGCAUGCCCCUUGAUACGUCCCACGCAAUCAACACCCAGAGCUCAGCGGACGUGAAGACUCAGAAGUGCUUCAUCCACGUGACGGGCAUGACCUGCGCUUCCUGCGUGGCCAACAUUGAGAGAAACCUCCAGAAACACAAAGGGAUCAUGUCGGUCCUGGUGGCCCUCAUGGCAGGAAAGGCGGAGGUGAAGUACAAUCCCCAGAUCCUGGACCCGCCCCGGAUUGCUCAGCUCAUCAGAGACUUGGGCUUUGGUGCUACGUUGAUGGAGGACAACGCCAUCAUGGAUGGAAAACUGGACCUCAUUAUUACAGGGAUGACAUGUGCAUCGUGUGUCCACAAUAUCGAGACCAAGCUGAAGAGGACUACAGGCAUUCUGGAGGUCUCAGUCAUGCUGGCAACCAACAAAGCUCACGUCAAGUUUGACCCAGAAGUACUUGGAGCUCGGGACAUAAUCAGGGCUAUUGAGGGUCUGGGGUUCGGGGCUUCUCUCAUGAAGAGCGAGGGGAUCGGUAACCACCUGGACCACCAGGAGGAGAUUCGACAAUGGAAGAACUCCUUCCUGUUCAGCCUGGUUUUCGGGGUGCCCGUUAUGGGCCUGAUGAUCUAUAUGAUGGUGAUGGACAGUCAGCACCAGGCUCAUGGUGGCUCCAUGCCCCCUGAGCAGAACCUGCUGCCUGGCCUCUCCAUCAUCAACCUGGCCUUCUUCCUGCUCUGCACGCCCGUACAGGUUCUUGGGGGACGGUACUUCUACAUCCAGGCCUACCGGUCGCUCAAACACAAGACGGCCAACAUGGAUGUGCUGAUCGUGCUGGCCACAACCAUCUCCUACAUCUACUCCUGUGUGGUUCUCCUGGUCGCCAUGCUGGAAAGGGCGGAGCACAGUCCCAUCACGUUCUUUGACACCCCGCCUAUGCUGUUUGUCUUCAUUGCCCUUGGCCGCUGGCUGGAGCAUGUGGCUAAGAGUAAGACGUCUGAAGCUCUGGCCAAACUGAUGUCUCUUCAGGCCACUGAUGCCACAGUAGUGACGCUCGGCACAGACAACUGCAUUAUCGGUGAGGAGCAGGUGUCCGUGGAUCUGGUUCAGAGGGGGGAUGUGGUCAAAGUGGUUCCUGGAGGGAAGUUUCCGGUGGAUGGGAAAGUGAUUGACGGAAGUUCCAUGGCAGAUGAGUCGCUCAUCACAGGUGAGCCCAUGCCGGUCAGUAAGAAGCCCGGCUGCACAGUGAUGGCUGGUUCCAUUAACGGCCACGGCUCCCUGCUGGUGAAGGCCACGCACGUGGGCGCAGACACCACCCUCUGCCAGAUCGUCAAGCUGGUGGAGGAGGCGCAGACCUCCAAGGCCCCAAUCCAGCAGUUUGCGGACAGGCUGAGUGGCUACUUUGUCCCUUUCAUCGUCAUCGUCUCUGUGGCAACGCUCGUAGCAUGGCUCGUCAUUGGCUUCGUGAAUUUUGACAUUGUCGCCGAGUACUUUCCCGGCUACGAUAAGAACAUUCCCAGGACGGACGUGAUCGUGCGCUUCGCCUUCCAGGCCUCCAUCACCGUGCUGUCCAUCGCCUGCCCCUGCUCGCUGGGCCUGGCCACGCCCACCGCCGUCAUGGUGGGGACGGGCGUCGGCGCGCAGAACGGCAUCCUCAUCAAGGGAGGAGAGCCGCUGGAGAUGGCCCACAAGAUCAAAGUGGUGAUGUUCGACAAGACGGGCACCAUCACGAACGGCGUGCCGCGCGUCACCCGGGUGCUGGUUCUGUGGGAGCGGGCACGGCUGCCCCUGCGGAAGAUCCUGGCGGUCGUGGGCUCAGCGGAGGCCAGCAGCGAGCACCCGCUGGGGGCGGCGGUGACCAAGUACUGCAAGGAGGAACUGGAGACAGACAUGCUGGGGUACUGUCAGGACUUCCAGGCAGUCCCGGGCUGUGGGAUCAGCUGUAAGGUCUCUAACAUUGAGGAGAUCCUGCUGGCCGGCCCCAACGGCCGCAAUGCGGAGAACACACAGCUGACCAUCCACGGAGUCACCACCGACGAGUCCAGCCUGGUGAUAGACCCGGACCCCGCCCCUGCAGGCCCCUCCUACUCAGUUCUGAUUGGGAACAGAGAGUGGAUGAGACGCAACGGCCUGCACGUCAACACCGACGUGGAAGACGCCAUGUCCAGUCAUGAGAUCAAAGGGCAGACCGCCAUCCUGGUGGCCAUUGAUGGCGUGCUGUGCGCCAUGCUCGCCAUCGCCGACACGGUGAAGGCGGAGUCUGCCCUGGCCGUCCACACGCUGACCAGCAUGGGUAUUAGCGUGGUGAUGAUCACCGGCGACAACCACCAGACAGCCAAGGCCAUCGCCGCGCAGGUGGGCAUCAGGAAGGUGUUUGCAGAGGUGCUGCCCUCGCACAAGGUGGCCAAGGUGCAGGAGCUGCAGGAGCAAGGCCUGAAGGUGGCCAUGGUGGGGGACGGGGUCAACGACUCGCCCGCCCUGGCCCGGGCCGACGUGGGCAUCGCCAUUGGAACCGGCACCGACGUGGCCAUAGAGGCGGCGGACGUGGUGCUCAUCCGGAACGACCUGAUGGAUGUCGUGGCCAGCAUUGAGCUGUCUAAGAAAACGGUGCAGCGGAUACGCAUAAACUUCGUCUUCGCCCUGAUCUACAACCUGCUGGGGAUUCCCAUAGCAGCUGGUGUGUUCAUGCCUGUAGGGUUGGUAUUGCAGCCGUGGAUGGGAUCCGCAGCCAUGGCUGCCUCUUCAGUGUCUGUGGUGGUUUCAUCUCUGUUGCUCAAACUGUAUAAGAAGACGUCGACGGAAAAGUACGAGAUGCGGGCGCAGGGUCAGAUGCGGAGUCUGAGCCCCUCCCAGGUGAGCACGCACGUGGGCCUGGACGACCGCCUGCGCAACCCCCCCCGCAGCCCCGCCCUGGGCCUGUGGGACCGCGUCAGCCGCAGCAGCCGCCGGUCGCUCGCCUCCUCCCUGUCCGACCGCGACCGCUCCUCCCCCCACCAGGACCGCCGCUCCCUGCUGGACAGCGAUCGCGGAGAUGACCUCAUGGCCUAGUCUGCGGGGGUCUGUGGGGGGUCUGGGGGUGUGGGGGUGGGCACCCGCCUCGUUCCGCCACCAGGGGGAGCCUCUCAAAGCUAGAGGAACAGGAACACACCGAGUGCCAAUGCGACUGUGACACACGGUCUCGUCCAGGUCGUGCCCUCGCACCCUUCACCUUAAAGGGAUUUAAAGCCGAUCCCGUCCCAGAGUGCAACAGGACAGACUGUGAGGGUUUACAGGUGCCUGGUGUUGGUUUCUGCAGUCAGGUGGAGAGGCGGGCAAAUCCUCUGCAUCUGGACACUACUGGCCGUAUUGGUGAUGAUGAAGAAGACGAUGAAAAAUAUAUCACUUCCAAAUACCCCUCCCCCUUUCUCUGCACCGCAGAAUGUGCUGGGAGCCCCCCUCCCUCCCUCCCUCCCUCCCACCCCAUGGCGAAGGGUUUUCGUGUCACAUGCUGUGUCGCGUGAGCGCUGCGAGAGCACAGGGAACCGGGGUCCUGCGGCCGCUAGCUCGGAGGAGAAGAGCGAGCGCUAACGAGCUGGGGUUUGAGCGACAGCGUGUAACACCCGGCAUCGGGGGGGGGGGGAGAGCCGAGCCGAGCCAGGGAACGGCGAGCCGAGCCGUGGGGGGAGACUGCGAAAUGCCUCGGCGGCGCUGUGCUUAAUGUCAGAUAAGCAGACUGCAGGAGCGUGUGUGGGAGAUACAAUGUUGGCUCCUGAGCAGCCUUCCUUUUGUGCCUAAUCAAUGGCUGAGAACUUUUAUCACUCUGCUGCGCUGGCUGGUUAUUAAUGGGUCCCCGUGGAGUUUUAAGUGUAUGAAGUAUGAAGGGUGGGGGGCGGCGGAGGAGGUUAAUGGGCGGACGUGGAGCCCCUCAGGAGGAUAAGCACUGCAUUUGUCGGUCCCCCAUCUCUACCCUCCGGAACUGGACCCACCUUGGACAAGAUGGCAUAAAAUGGCUAGGAUGAUAGACACGCAAAUUUAAAAUGACCAGGUUGAAGGAAACAUAGACACAAGAUGACCAAAUUGAUAGGACCACAAGAAUAAUAUGACCAGUUUGAAGGACCAGAAAUAUAAAAUGACUUUGUUGACAGAAGCAUAUUUUGAAUGUCUGUAUUGACAGAAACAUAGAUAUAAAAUGACCAGGGUUAAGGAACAAUAGACAGAAUGACCAGGGUUUACAGUACCAUAAAUACAAAAUGACGAGGUUCACAGUACCAUAUAUGUAAAAUGACCAAUUUGUUAGACCCAUAGAUAUAUAGCCAGGUUUAUGGAACUCACCAGGUUGUUGGAACCAUAGAUGCAGUCAUAUAGAACCAAGCUGUCAAAGGUCCUGUUGAACCAUGGUUUGAUGAGGCUGGAGCAAAAGGAAGAGUUCACCCUUAACAUAUGGAACUGCUAUAUGCUGUCCAUCACUUUGGAUUCAUCCAUCAAAUGAAUGUGCUAUCUAUACCAAAAUGUGCCAAUUUGUUCAGAUAAUCAACCUACUGAUAACACAUUGGGUUUCCUAAUCAUUUGGAUAAUUGGGGCAUAACAUUUGAUAUCAGUGCUUAAUCCAUAAUGCCUGAAAGUGCCUAACGAUUAUUUGUGUCUGGAAUGGAAUUGUGAGUAAUCAAUUGACUCAAAGCACAGAUAGUGUAAUGAAUGACAGAUAUUUAUCUCUGCUUGGUUAAGCUUUUUUAAUAAGACUCUUCAGACCCUGAAGUUAUGUAAUGGGACCUACACAAAACCAAAGUCUGUUUCCAUGGAUACCCACUCAUUUGUAGAGCAAACUAAAUUCUUAUUUCUCUGAAACUGGACUCGGGUAUAUAAAACUGGAAAAUCAAUACUGGCAUGUCUUAAUGAUGUGAAUAUUUAUUAAUUUAUCUUCCUUUUAACAUCAGGCUUGGUUACCUCCCCACCAACCUCAAUUAGCUGGAAUAGAAAGGCAAUUAAAUGUUUGCCACUCAUUGAAGUAUCUGUGCUCAAAAACCUCACCAAAGUGCUCUUGCCCAUCACCACUUAUCCCAACCAAAGUAAAAUGAAAAAGGUUUUUAUUCAAGUAAUUGUUACCUCAGUUGGAAGAACAGGAAUAUGCUUGUUUUUUAUCCUGUCUUGACCUAACCAGGUUGUGAAAGUAAUGAUUUCAGUACUAGUAGAUGGGCACAAAAAAAACUUCACUAUCUGAAAUGAGACCACGUGUAAACAUGGAAGAUACUUGUAAAGGUGCUGUUUUCAAUUAGGAAUGUUAUAGCUACCUUGUAAAAAUUUCUAGGGGGUUCUGUGUAAAAUAACGAGUAAGCUGGCUGCCUUAAAAAUCCUUGAGUUAGGCGAACAACAGAUCUUCAGUUCUUCUGACUUCUUCGUUCAGUUAAUUCAGAAGAAGUAUGGAGAACUGAAGAGCCGUUGUUCGCCUAACUCAAGAUUUUAAGGCAGCCAGGUUACUCGUUAUUUUAAGUAGAGCCGUCUUGAAAUGUUUUCCAGUGUUGUGUGUAUCAUGUAACUUUCUCAACCUUGGUCCUGGGGACACACUCUGUGUGCUAUUUUUUGUCAUAGUCAACCUCUUGAUCAAUUAAGGUUGUUGAAAAUGUGUUGUACUAUCAUUGUGUGUUUAAACUUAUUUAACACAAUGGAGGUUUGGCUCAUUGCCAUUUGCUUCAAUCAUUUCACACACAGGGCUUUCAGGGGAUCAAAAUGGGACCCAUUUAAUUUCACCGGUCAGUUUGUGAUUGAAUCAAUUAAAAUGAAAUUGAAAUCAUUUGUCAUAUAGUACAUGCAGCACAGUAAAUGAAAGCACAAGUUGGUCUGACCGAUUUUGAAAUUCCUAGUAUGUGAAUAUGGGGCCUUUAUUUUUAAGGGAAUACACAGUUAUUUGUGGCAUGGUGUGGUUUUAAGAGGGUAAUUCGUCCUUUAAUAGAUUUCAAAAGUUAUUUAAGAACAAUUAGUGUCUAAUUUAGAACAGUUAGCAGCUCAUCACAAUAUAGAUCUUGUUACUCUGGUUGGAACAUCAUACACAGUGGGUCCACAGGAACUGGGUUGAGAAACACUGUAUUAUGUUACAUUAAAUUGAAAUUUUAAAUAAAUUAAUACUGGAAUGUAAAAAAUCUCAGUUAUGAAAUGAA